CUAUUAUCCACAGACUUGACAUCUGAUUGUCAAGUGCCCUAGGACGAGAAGUAGGUCGUCUAUACUGCAAUGGAAAUGCAGUGGAUACCGUGUUUGAAAGGUCAACUGCUUUCGCAGUCUGCGAAAUCAGGACACGACCAUUUGGCUGAAAGGCACCUAAUGUUUAUGUCAAUUGUCAGGUCUAGACGACUCCUGGGGACUGGCGUCUUUGCAGAUGAACGAGUAUUUAGUGGGAGUGACCAGGCAGCUAACUCCGUGUUUACAGACGAGAAGCUAACUCGGCCGUGUGCUGUUAGCUCAGCACAGUCAUGGCGGCUCCCAACACGUCCGUUCCGCUGCUACAAUAUGCCUCGUAUGCCUGGGACUUGAGCAUUGUGCCCCGUGCUAACUUCUACAUGGUUACACCGGCAGAGUCGACGUAUGAAACUCUGAAAGAGAUUCCUGACUAUGUCACCCAGUCUGUUCCAUUCUGGUUCACUCUCAUGUUUGUGGAGCACCUCAUUGCACGGUAUCUUGGCAAGCGGUCGUCCAGGAUCAACGACACAUUCAGCUCCAUUGGUUCUGGCAUGAUACAGCAAAUGACCAGAGUUCUGCUCCUGGGGUUUGAAUUGUCUUUGUACCAGUACGUCUACGACCACUAUCAUCUUGUGGAUUUGCCGUGGGACUCUCGUUGGCUGUGGUGGCUCUGCAUACUUGGUUAUGAUUUUGGUUAUUACUGGGCGCACCGUGCUGGACAUGAAAUAAACUUUCUGUGGGCAGCACAUCAGGUUCAUCACAGCUCGGAGUCGUAUAACCUUACCACUGCUUUGCGCCAAUCAAUGUUCCAAGGCUUCUUUUUCUGGGUAUUCUACAUGCCCCUGGCGCUGGUCAUACCGGCACCCAUCUUCAAAAUCCACGGCCAGUUCAAUCUCAUCUACCAGUUCUGGAUUCACACUGAGCUUGUUGAUAACCUGGGUCCACUAGAGUGGAUACUGAAUACACCAAGCCAUCAUCGUGUCCAUCAUGGUCGGAAUGAGAAGUGCUUGGACAAGAACUAUGCCGCCGUCUUCAUCAUCUGGGACCGCAUGUUUGGCACGUUUGAACCAGAGCCCAAGGAGAGGAACGUGGCCUAUGGCCUGGUCUAUCCGCUGGACGUCUGGGAUCCCAUCGCUGCACAGUUCCACUACUACCAGUACAUCUUGACCAAAGCAUGGAAUGCUAAAGGCCUCAGCAUCAAGCUGCAAAUUCUGUUCCGUGGUCCGGGAUGGACGCCACCCGGGGAAGAGGUUGUGCCUAUUCCAGAGGUGCAGUAUCCAGUGAAGGUCUUCAACAGGUCUUUGCCGACUCUUCUGCUUGGAUACCUGGUGGUGCAGUAUGUGCUUCUCAUGCCGCCCUACUUUUCGCUGAUGGACAAGGGUAUUGCGACUCUCCCGAUGUGGCUGGGUGUCAGCUACGUCACCUUCACUCUGACAUGCAUGGGAAUGAUGCUAGAUCAUAAGUCGUACGCGCUUGGCAUUGAGGUGCUUCGCUGUGCGGUGGUGCUACUGCUCAACACACAUCCCACUGCGAUAGGCAUGGUGUCCACCUUUUUCUUCCCUGCACCACUCAAGAUGGCAGGAAUGGCUGCAGUGGGUGCUUCCAUGCUGCUGUCGCUGGCUCUUAUGGCCCAUCGAGCCAGCGGUGGUGCCAAUUACUGGGAGAAGGCCGCCGCCGCCAAGAAGGUGCAGUAGAGCGGUCGUCGGCACAUACACAAAUUCACAUACACACACACACACACACACACACACACACACACACACACACACGCACACACACGCGCGGAUGCUAUGGCAUCCCUGCGGGAACAUACUUACCACUGUUGCCAUGCAGUGAGUGUGUGUCAAUCUGCAAUUGGCUGGCAGUGUGCUGGGUGACGAGGCAGACCAUGAUCAGACUGUCAGUACUCCAGUGUUUGCCUGCUCCUGUUGUGAACUCUCUUCCAUCGAACUGUAGGCGCACUGGUACUGCGUUGGUCCAACAAUUUCACAAAGCUUCGAAUAAUUUCAUUUCUCAAUGGCUUUCCCAAGUAGAAACGGAUGGAUCUUAUUUUCAUCUCAGUUGAGUAACGUUAUAAUGGCUAUUCUCUCUCUAUCUCUCUUUCCUUCUUCCUCUCUAUCUCUAUCUGCUUGCUAUUAUUCCAUUACGUUGUCGUAACAGUGACUUUGUAUAAGCACUUCUGUGGCACUUGUA